AGACAGUGAGCGAGGGGUGGGGCUUCACCGCAAGCAGCCGGUUUAUAUAUGACUUAUUACUGAGAUUUGAAAGGUGUCAAAGGUCACAGGCAGGGACAAGGAAAUGUUCUGAGACAAACAACCUUCAACGGUCACAAGUCCGCAGCACUUAAAGGUGGUUAAGCAGACACCUGAGCGCCUCGACGGACACAUGGUUCUGCUCUGUUCGUUCUGCUGGUUCUCCCGCUGGUUCCCCCAGAGAAUGGCCUUGUUGGGAAGAACAGGAACUUUCAGUGGAUGUUUCAGGUUCGAGCUCCAGCAGUGCCGCUCCCUCUCCUCCCCUCCCCUACCCAGACUUCAUUACCCAGCAGGCGGUGGGAGCAGGAAGUAUAGGAUGGGGCAGGAGGCGGGACAGAUGAGCCCGGCUCAGAUCAACCACACCCUAAAGGCCAACGAAUACAGCCACACUCUCCCCAGAGGCCCCGCCUCCCAUGGCGUGCUGGGUUUCCAAAGCAACAUGUUGCCAUCCAACCACCCUGGCGAGGACUGUCGCAGUAGCGCCACCUGCCUGCCGGGCUGCGACGGCGUGCUACUCGGUGUAUUUGACGGCCACGCGGGGCCAGCAUGUGCCAACACGGUCAGCCAAAGGCUCUUCUACUACAUAGCCGUGGCAAUGCUGCCACUGAGGGUGCUGGCGGAGAUCGAACUAGCGGUGGAAGAGGAACGGGCAGUACCGCCACUGCUGGAGUGGUACAAACACCCACAAGACCACAACUGCCCCGACGGAGGAACCAUCUCCUUUCACAGCCUCCGAAACUACUGGCAGGAGAGGUUGGAGGACAAAGACCUGGAGGACGAGGAAGAGGAAGGCGACAGGGUGACAUCAGCACUGGUGAAUGCUUUCCGUCGUCUCGACUACGACCUGUCUGUGGAGGCCCAGGUCUACCUGUCCAUGUCCUCACCCAGACGACCAUCUCUGCCUGGGGAGGCCUCGUCUAUGUCCUCCCCCCUCCGAGUUGCACUGUCCGGCUGCACCGCCUGCGUCGCCUACGUCUCCAACGGUGUCCUGCAUGUGGCCAACUUGGGUGACAGUCGGGCCGUCCUGGGUGUCCAGGAGCCAGAUGGGCGCUGGUCAGCAGUCAGCCUCACCAACGACCACAACGCACAGAAUCCUGACGAGCUGCAAAGGAUCCUGGGAGAACAUCCGCCGUCAGAGUGUAAGACGGUGGUCCGCCAUGACCGCCUGCUGGGUCUGCUGCUGCCCUUCAGGGCAUUCGGAGAUGUCCGCUUUAAAUGGAGCGCAGAGAUGCUGAGUCGAGCCCACGAGACUCGACCGGAUGUCCUGUCCGUGGUCAGUGAGGCGGUCCGGACUCUGCCGCCGCAUUACUUGACCCCACCCUACCUGAGCGCCCAUCCAGAGGUCACCCAGCAUCGCAUAAGACCUUCUGACAAGUUCCUGGUCCUGGCGACUGAUGGACUAUGGGAGCUGAUGCACCGACAAACCGUGGUCCAAUUGGUUGGGGAACAACUGUCAGGUCUUCAGCAGCAGAGACCUAUAGUUCCUGCCUCGGGCAUGACACUGGGUGGCCUGCAGCGCCUCCUGCUGGAGAGGAGGGGGCGGGUUAUAUCAGUGCUGGAGGACCAGAACGCCGCCACCCACCUGCUCCGCCACGCCCUGGGGGAUGAUGGGUACGGAGCGGUGGCACCAACCCGGUUGGCCAAGAUGUUGAGUCUGCCGUCAGAGCUGGCCCGAAGGUACCGUGAUGACAUCACCAUUACCGUCAUACACCUGAACGAGCCCGACCUUUAAUCAGACCAUGUGACCUGAAGGCCUGUUACAGGUGUAAAACGACGACCAUGAUUCGUUCACCUGCUUCUUUCUCUGAACUUUAUUUCAAAUUUUUGAUUCAUUAAUAACCUGAAACAUCAAGUUUCUGAUCCCAAAAACUACACCCACCACCUGACCCCGCCCACCUCCCUGACCCCCAAAAACUACACCCUCCAUCCUGACCUCAAAAACCCCACCCACCAUCAUGAUCCCGCCCUCUAUCCUGACCCCCACCUGCAGCAGGACGAUGAGUCCAAACAUUUAGACAGAGGAUAAGGAGUCUGGACCCCACAGAGACACAAGAAUCGAAACAGAAGAACUGAAUCUGUUUCAGCCUGAACAGUGUCUUCUUCAACAGGAAACUGAAAUCACAUUGGACUAUGAUGAUGUAAUAAUGUGAUGAAAUUAUGUAAUAAUGGUAAUGUUCAUGUUAUAAACAGUUGAGAUGAACUAACACAGGGGGGGGAGCUUCUUGUUCUCUCAUGAUCGUCACCUCUGUGAUGUUGUGUUUCAUGUCACCUGUAAAUCAUGAUGGCGUUUGUUUGCUGCUGCAUUAAAUGUAUUUCAGAAUUUACAACUGA